GCUGGUGAUUUUGAACUGCUGACCUUACGGUCAGGAUGGCUAACUGGUUGGCUUCCCACAUGGUGCCCUACGUCCACAUCACACCUUAAAGAAGCUGAAGAGAAAAUUUUAAAAUGUGUUCCCUGCACGUACAAAAAAGAGCCUGUUCCUAUAUCUAAUGGAAACAAAAUAUGGACCCUGAAAUUCUCUUAUAAUAUUCCAAACAAGACACCACUUGUCCUCCUCCAUGGUUUUGGAGGAGGGCUUGGACUCUGGGCGCUAAAUUUUGAGGAUCUUUCUACCAAUCGGCCUGUUUAUGCAUUUGACCUGCUGGGCUUUGGACGAAGUAGUAGACCCCGGUUUGACAGUGAUGCAGAAGAAGUGGAGAACCAGUUUGUAGAAUCCAUUGAAGAGUGGAGAUAUGCCCUAGGAUUGGACAAGUUAAUCUUGCUUGGACACAACCUGGGUGGGUUCUUGGCUGCUGCUUACGCACUAAAGUAUCCAUCAAGGGUUAAUCAUCUCAUUUUAGUGGAGCCUUGGGGUUUUCCUGAGAGACCUGACCUUGCUGACCAAGACAGACCCAUCCCGGUGUGGAUCAGAGCCUUGGGCGCUGCGCUGACUCCUUUUAACCCUUUAGCUGGCCUCAGAAUCGCAGGACCCUUUGGCUUAAGUUUAGUGCAACGUUUAAGACCCGAUUUCAAGAGGAAGUAUUUAUCCAUGUUUGAAGAUGAAACUGUGACCGAGUACAUCUACCACUGCAAUGUCCAGACUCCAAGUGGUGAAACAGCUUUCAAAAAUAUGACGAUUCCUUACGGAUGGGCAAAAAGGCCAAUGCUCCUGCGAAUCGGUAAAAUGCACGCUGACAUCCCGGUCUCAGUCAUCUAUGGCGCCCGGUCCUGCAUAGAUGGCAACUCCGGCAGCAGCAUCCAGCUGGAUGAGAACAGCACGGCCUUCCACGUGUGCGCGUCUCGGGGCUGA